UCCAAGGUUCAUAAUAUUUUACCUUGAAUUUUUUAUGAAACCUGACAAGUCAUUCGAUUUAUCGCAUCCCUUCGCUCUGAUCCGCACCCGACCUUGGCUUAAAUAGCCAUCCGAUCUACCCAAACAACCGCGACUUGAUCACUCAAGAUGUCUAAUUCGCAGGUCGGAAACGUUUAUUCGCAGAUCAUCACCGAUGUGCUCGAAGCAUCGCGAGUAGAUUUCGAAGAAGGCGGCGUGGACGAGACUGUUUUGGAAGAGCUGAAGAAGGGAUGGCAAAAGAAGCUAUCCCAGCAGCAGCUGGCUGUCUUCCCUUGGGACCCUAAGCCGGACCCUCCUGCGCCUGCUGUUGCAGCACCUCAACCUACUCCGGUGCCUGAGCCUACUCCUCAGGCUCCUACCAACGGCGCUUCGUACAAUCAGCAACAUGCGCCUCAACCACAAGGCUUGACUAUGCCUGGAUCGCAACCCCUUAGAGAUGCUGCGAUCAAGUCGGAACCCGGCGUCAAGACAGAGCCCGAUCUUGAACAUACGCCUUCGUUCCCCCAAGCCGCUCAGCAAGGUGGUUCUGACGUCGUUCAAGAACGCGUCUCCCAACAGCUGCAGUCUAUGUAUGGCGAUCGUGCGGCAGCUUCAAUCAAGCAGCUUCAGCAGACCUUUAACAACGGCCAGCCGCAGAACGCCCAGAGGCCUGGUGGUCAACCCGUCCCGCAGAACUACCCUGCUCAGUUCCAGGGUCAUCCUCAGCAGCAGUACCGACCCACCAUGCCUCCUAAUGCUCAACAGCAACGUGCCCAGAUGCAGAACGGACAGAGACCUCCGCAGUCACAGAUGGAUGGCGCAAACGAUGAUCAUGGUCACCUCGGAGUGCUAAUGCGUCGCAGCCAAGCUGGCGAUGUGGAGAUGGGAAGAGUAGAGAUUGACAGCUUGCUCCAUGCCCAGAUUGCGGCGAAGGCGAAAGCUAUGGAAGGUGGUGGCUUAAUGCUACCUCUCAAACGUACGGGUAAGGGCAAAGCUGCUGCCGCAUAUCACCGCACACCAGUCUCUAGCGGCCCUUCGCAAUUCGACGGCACGGGCGCGGACGAAAGUAUGAAGGACGAAGUAUCUGAUGAGGAUGCCAUCAACUCUGACCUCGAUGAUCCUGACGAUAACCCCGAAGAGGAAGACGAGGACGAGGAUGGUGGUCAGAUCAUGCUUUGCAUGUAUGACAAGGUCCAGCGCGUCAAGAACAAGUGGAAGUGUGUCUUGAAGGACGGUGUCCUUAGCGUGAACGGCAAGGACUACGUGUUUCACAAGGCUACUGGUGAAUAUGAAUGGUAGUAGCCGGACGCUCUUCUUUCGAUCAUUGGCGUUACGUUGUACAAGACAUGAUUUCUUUUUUCGUAUUUGAGGGCGUACAUCGCCUACAGGCCGACUGCGACGAUUUCCUUACUUCACUGCGUUGCAACGUACUAGCACCCUCGAAUAGAUAAACGAUC